AUGAUUAAAUAUGGUCUCAAUAAUGAAAGUCUUGGUACUCUUAACGUAACACACGAAUUUAAUCAGUACACAUUUGGAUAUCCAUGUUCAUUAAGUGAAUACGAAUGUACAUCAUAUUAUGUUGAUCUCAGUCCAGGCGUCUUUCAAUUUGAAGCCUGGGGUUCAGUUGGAACAAAAUGGAAGGAUGCAAAAAAUCCAAAUACACCUCCAUCCAUUCCUGGGCAAGGCUCAUACACUUCAGGAAUAAUAAAUAUUAGUAAAAAUCUAAGACUCUAUCUUUUCAUUGGUGCAAACACUCUUUUUAAUAACGUGAAGGAAAAUCUAGUAGGCUCGGUACUAGGAGGUGCUUCCUCCGACGUGAGAUUGAAAUUAGGAAAUUCAUGGCAUGACAUUGCAUCACUACGCUCCAGGAUCAUGGUUGCAGGAGGUGGUGGUGGGGCAGAAUGGCCUCUUUCGAAAGGUGGCAACGGAGGUUUGGUCGGCUCUAAUGGGGAAACUCAUUGUAAUUUUGAUGAAACGAUAUGUAAUGAUAUUUAUUCAUAUGGAGGUAAUCAGAAAUCAGGAGGCCGAGCAUCAACUAAUAAUAAGUUUUUAUGGGAAGAGAGGGUGUUUUCUGGGAUUAAUGGUGAUUUUGGAUUUGUUCCUGUCGGAAAUUUGGAUGAAGAUUAUGGGGGUUUGGGAGGUAAUGGAUAUUGGAGUGGUGCCUCUCAAAGAUAUGCUGGAUCUGGUGGUGGUGGCAGUUCGUUUGUAUCAGGACACCCCGGAUGUAUUACCCUUCAAAGUGAAGGCAGUAAUGUUCCUUCUGAAACAAAUUCUCCGAUUCAUCCUUCGAAUUAUAAAUUUUAUUCAACGAGUAUUAUAUCUGGAAACUCACAAAUGCCUCUGUAUUUUUCACGAACAUCAAGUGGAAUUGGAAAUCAAAACAUUGGUGGAAUUCGAAUUACGAUUCUUUCAUUUUGUGGUAUUUUUUCUUGCAUCAAUAAUAUCUAUAACUAUAGAUUUAUUAUAUCAUCCUUAUUUUUAGCAUCUGCUUUUAGUGUUGAAUAA